AUGCCAAAAAAAAAGGAGCUUGGAAGAGCUCUCGUUCGUCAGAACAAACGUAAUGGUAGGAACUCCUUUACGUAUGAUACUCUUGAAGAGUCCUCUGAUUGGUGUCGUCUUCCUGCAAAAUCCAUUACUCAAGAGACGACUUUGGAUGAUUUCCUGCAUACUGCAAAUCUUUCUAAUAAGGACUUUGCAGCUCAGAAGCCAAAUGUCAGGGUUUUGUCAAAGGCUGAAAUUGUUGGUAUGAUAACUUUGGAGGAGAGGAAAAGGCGUCAACUGCUAAUGGAACAGAAUAAAGGUGCUCUAAUUGUCCUCAAAAGGUUGGAGCAGCUUGAUGGGGUUGUAAUAACUCCCUAUGAGCGUAAUUUAGAGUUUUGGCGUCAGUUGUGGCAAGUGGUGGAGAGAAGCGAUGUCUUAGUUCAAGUUGUCGACGCUCGACAGCCUCUCCUCUUCUUUUCUCCCAGCCUCAAUGACUAUGUUAAGGAGACUGACCCCUAUAAGGAAACUCUAGUUCUCAUAAACAAGUCCGACUUUUUAACUUGUGAUCAGAGGGAAGUUUGGGCGAGGUACUUUGGCUCUAUUGGCGUUCGAGUCCUAUUCUUCUCUGCUAUUAAUAGCGAAGGCCAGCAUUAUGUUCAAAAUAUCAAGGGAGGACUUAAUCAGUCUGGCAUUGCAGAAGAAACCCAGGAAGGAUUGGAGAACGAAGAACUGCAGGGUUCUCUCAGUAUAGCUGAACUGUGCAAUGAUUUUGAUGAAUCGGGUUUCACUUCAUCUGAAACCUCGACAGUGCAAGGUGAGAGUGAGGAGGACGAAAGAGGAGCUUCAAGUGAGUCGUACAACAGUGCAAUUGACGUCGCAGAAGAGGAGAAAAACGAGGUUGUUAAUAUUUGUGACAUACUAUCAGUUCAUGGGUUGAUAGCUGAAUUGACUCAAAUUGGGACGAAACAUAGAGGUCGCCCCUAUGUUACGGUUGGAUUUUUGGGGUAUCCGAACGUGGGCAAGUCAAGCACACUCAAUGCGCUGUGUGGAGUAAAGAAGACUCCUGUCUCGGCAACUCCUGGUAAAACAAAGCACUUCCAGACUAUGUUCCUCCAACCAGAUUUGCAACUCUGUGACUGCCCAGGUAUGGUGAUGCCCUCCUUCGCCUAUACACAUGAAGAUCUAGUUGUUGCCGGUAUUCUUUCGAUUGAUGAAAUGCGGGAUUGUAUUCCUCCAAUUCGCAUCAUUUGUGAGCAAAUCCCACGGGAGGUGCUCACUGCCCUCUACGGUAUCUCCAUCCCUCCGCCAAAGGAAUUUGAGGACCCUAACCGACCACCAACGCCUCACGAACUGCUUGCUGCCUAUGCCUGUAUAGUUUAUAGGUUAAAGUGCUACCCCACGGUCCUCCUCAAGCCUAAUCCACAUCAUAUUUAUUUCCACGAUAAGCGGCGAUCGGAAUGCGUAAGCAUAAGAGCUUACAUAGAGAUCAAAUUCCAAAAAAAUGGGAUUUUGAAAAGUACAUGUUUUAUAUCUCCAGGUAUCCGUGGCUUCAUGUCUGCCAAAGGUAAUCCUCAUUACGACCGUGCAGCUCGCAUUAUACUUAAGGACUAUGUUAAGGGCCGUCUGCGAUACUGCCAUCCUCCGCCUGGGAUCGAUGCCACCGACUAUCAGUUGAUGGGAGCCACGGAGCGAUUGGGGGAGGAAAACAAGAAAAUAAUGAGUGAAUUGAUGGAAAGUGAAAAGGCCAAGUCGUUCCUUCGACUCUCAGCCUAUCUAGCACCCACAGAACUGCACAAACUGUGGUUUAGACUGCAGUCCCUACGAGAUCAUCGUAGGGAUUCAGAAAGGAAGAAGGGAACAGUGAUAGGAGAGGAGGAAGCAGUCAUUCUCACUGACUUCGACAAAACUGUUCUCACCUCACAGGUUGCUUCUCUAUUUGUACCUGCUGCCAAACUUACAGUGGGUGGACAUCCACUGAUUCGCUCCAAGAAGAAGCUUGCAUCAAUGCCACGAGCCCUAGGGGGCGACAAUGAUGUCGAUGUCGCCUCAGUAGCCUCCUGGUCAACAGUGUCGAACACGACGGCGGGCGGGGCCAGCCUCUUUUCCGGGGUCACCAACUCUUCAGCCGUGGGCAAGAAGCCCUGGCGACAGCUCUCUGCGGUUAAAAAGAUCAGUCAGGUGGAGAUGAGAAAAGUGGGCCCAGUGGGUGUGGGGCGUAAUCGCAAGAAGAAGGAGAAACUGCGACGCAUCUACGCCGACCUCGAUCAACAUGAGGUGGGGUGA